AAGACAUCAAUUUCAAUUCGAUCACAUUGCGAUUUCGUUAACCAUUUUCUCCACGAAAUAUAGCAAACAUGAAGCUGUUCAUCGCUUCUAUUCUACUGGCUUUUGUGGCCCUUGGAUCAGCCCAAUCUCGCCAGUCAUCGAUCGAUGCAUUGACAAAACUGCGUGAGGCCAUUCCAGAGGUCAAAUAUGCCCAGGACUCGGCCAUCUUGAAAGUGUCCGAAGCAAAACAGAAGGCAUCGACUGCUUUAAACAACUUCUACCACAAUGUGUUCGUCACCAAAACGGAUCUGUUGCAACAAAUCAUUAAGGAGGAAUCGGAAGUUAUGGAGUACGGCAAAGCCUUAGACAGCUGGUGCUGGGAGAACAACGAGCCCAUGCUCCUGGGUAUCAUGGGAUGGAUCGGAAACGACUUCUCCGAUUGUAUCAAGGCUCUAGACAACAGCAUCUCCGGUAUCGUUGCCACCAUCUACGGUCAGUUCCAAACAGACGAGAGCAACAUCAACAAGUAUAGCCUGUUCGAGGUAUUCGAUAGACGCAACAUCAUCAACAAUCCGCAAUCAGUUCUCGAUGCCAUCUCUAAUUUGCAACUGAACGUAGAUGAAUCUGCACCGGAGUUCGAUCAAACUAUUAGUCAGUUUGAGGAUGAUUUGGACGCCAAAAUUCCAUCGUACACCAGCUGUAUGAACCAGAAGAUGACAAUGCGCCGCAUGCAAAUUCAAAUGUUGAAGGAUGAAACUCAGCGUUGUUUAGAGCAGCAGUAAUCAAUCAUGCAUGUUUCUCUCGUAGUAAUUAUUCUUUGACUCAAUACUACCAGAUAAUAUUAGAGGAUAACUUUGCAAUAGAUUUCUGUUAAUAUGAUAGACGACAAACUAGCUUUCAAAUUAGAUCACGAAAAUAUCCCUAUAAAUAUUGUUAAAGUUUUUACUAUUUUCAAUUACCAAAAUAAA